AUGGGUCGUAUGCAUGCACCUGGAAAAGGUAUUUCCGAUUCAGCUUUACCGUACAAAAGAACAGUCCCAUCGUGGCUCAAACUAACAGCUGAAGAUGUCAUCGAUCAAAUAUGUAAAUUAGCUAAAAAAGGUUUAACUCCAUCACAAAUAGGUGUUAUACUUCGUGAUUCACAUGGUGUAGCCCAAACACGUUUUGUGACUGGAAACAAGAUAUUGCGUAUUAUGAAAGCAAAAGGUUUAGCACCAAGCAAACCAGAAGAUUUACACCAUUUAAUCAAAAAAGCUGUUGCUAUUCGAAAACAUUUGGAACGCAGUAGAAAAGAUAAAGAUGCGAAAUUUCGUUUAAUCUUAGUCGAAAGCCGUAUUCAUCGUUUAGCACGUUAUUAUAAAACUAAAAAAGUAUUACCAUCAACAUGGAAAUAUGAAUCAUCAACAGCAGCAGCUUUAUUAGCAUGA